AUUGGAUAUCUUCCGGGCUGGUAGCACUGGCCCGGUGAUGCUCAGAUUUACAAUUUCACUGAAUUAUAUUUUUGUUACAGACUCACCGUUGUGAUUUAUAACCACACACACUGUGUUAAGAGAUUGUGUCAAUAUCCCGUCAGAGCUCUGGUCACAAGGACAAAGACGCUCGAGCCGGUACCGCAGCGACUCAGACGUAGCGGUUGAGAAAAGAGGUCCAUUUGAUUUGCUGCAAAAAAAGAAACCUCCGCCUGCAACCUUCACCUCCAGCAGCGGGCCAAAAACACGUACAGAGCAGAGGCGAGUACAGCGUGUCUUUGCGCUUCAGGUUCGAUUCGGCACUCACUUCAUCGUCAAAGAUGAAGUUGAAGGAGGAUAUGAACCCCCUGCUGCUGCAGGUUUUCCGCUCCGUGGUCUGGGUCUACUCCGUCAUAACCUUUAUACCCUGGUACUUCUUCUCGGGUGCUGGCACCAAUUUGGAACGAGCCCGCCGGAUCAAGGCACGCUCGAUUAGCGGAAACCCAGCAGGGCCUUACAGAGCCAUCAACAGCCAAGAGAGGCUGGUAGCGUGGCUGCACCCCGGGGUGGACACCGUGGACAAAAUGUUUGACUUCGCUGCAAAGAGAUUUCCACAGAGGGACUGUCUGGGGACCAGGGAGGUGCUCAGCGAGGAGGACGAGCUCCAGCCAAACGGCAAGGUCUUCAAAAAGGUAAUUCUAGGGAAAUAUAACUGGCUGUCAUACGAGGACGCCUACCACGCAGCAAAGUGCUUUGGUAGCGGUCUGGCAGCUCUCAGCCAGAAGCCUCAGUGCAACAUCGCCAUCGUCUGCGAGACCAGAGCCGAGUGGAUUCUGGCAGCACAGGCUUGCUUCAUGUACAAUUUCCCACUGGUGACCCUGUACGCCACUCUCGGGCCCAUGGCCAUCGCUCACGGCCUGAACGAGACCGAAGUCACGCACAUCAUCACGAGCAAAGACCUGCUUCAGAGCCGUCUCAAGGCCAUUCUGUGUGACGUUCCGAGGCUGCGGUAUGUCAUCGUAGUGGACAGCAAACCCACGAGCUGGCCAGACGUCCCCAGAGGCAUCAUGGUCUACAGCAUGGACGCUGUGAAGGAGAUGGGAUCCAAGCCUGACAAUAUUGCAGUCGACCGCAGACAUCCAGAGCCUUCAGACAUCGCAGUCAUCAUGUACACCAGCGGCUCCACAGGCAUCCCCAAGGGUGUCAUGAUCUCCCAUGGCAACCUCAUUGCCGGCAUCACAGGCAUGGCCGAGCGAAUCCCUAACCUCAAUGAGACAGAUACCUACAUUGGCUACCUGCCGUUGGCCCACGUUUUAGAGCUCAGCGCAGAACUGGUGUGCAUCUCUCACGGCUGUCGCAUCGGCUACUCCUCUCCUCAGACUCUAGCAGAUCAGUCCACCAAGAUAAAGAAGGGCAGCAAAGGAGACACCAGUGUGCUGAAGCCUACUCUCAUGGCUGCUGUGCCGGAGAUCAUGGAUCGAAUCUACAAGAAUGUAAUGACCAAAGUGGAGGAAAUGAGCAAACUGCAGAAGACGCUCUUUGUGCUGGCCUACAACUACAAGAUGGAACAGAUCUCCAAGGGCUACGGCACGCCUCUCUGUGACAGCUUGGUGUUCCAACGGGUGCGUGCUCUCUUGGGAGGGAACACACGGGUGCUGCUUUCAGGCGGCGCUCCACUCUCGGCUGCCACGCAGCGGUUCAUGAACAUCUGUCUGUGCUGCCCCGUGGGGCAGGGAUACGGCCUGACGGAGACCUGUGGAGCUGGAACCAUCAGUGAGGUUUGGGACUACAGCACAGGACGAGUUGGUGCUCCACUGGUUUGCUCAGAGAUCACACUGAAGGACUGGGAGGAGGGCGGUUACUACAGCACAGACAAGCCCAACCCACGGGGCGAGAUUCUGAUCGGCGGGCCCAACGUGACCAUGGGCUACUACAAAAACGAGGGCAAGAAUCACGAGGGCUUCUUCGUGGAUGAGAAAGGCCAGAGGUGGUUCUGCACCGGAGACAUCGGAGAAUUCCACCAUGACGGAUGCCUUAAGAUUAUCGAUCGCAAGAAAGACCUGGUGAAGCUGCAGGCAGGAGAAUAUGUCUCCCUAGGAAAAGUGGAGGCUGUUCUGAAGAACUGCCCAUUCAUCGACAAUAUCUGUGCCUAUGCCAACAGUGACCAAUCAUACGUGAUCGGCUUUGUGGUGCCGAACCACAAGCAGCUAAUGGCACUGGCAGAGCAGAGGCAAGUGACAGGCACGUGGGAAGAGAUCUGCAACAACUCCCAGAUGGAGAAAGAGGUCCUCCGCAUCAUUACCGAGGCUGCCAUUUCAGCAAAACUGGAGCGGUUCGAGAUCCCCAAGAAGAUCCGACUGAGCGCCGAGCCGUGGACGCCAGAGACCGGCCUGGUCACCGACGCGUUCAAACUGAAGCGCAAGGAGCUCAAAACGCACUACCAAGAAGACAUUGAGAGAAUGUACGGCGGGAAAUAACACACAGACACACUCCAAACAAGCACAUUGAGCACACACACUCGCACACAUACACAAGGAGCUCAAAACGCCACGACCAGGACUACUUGGAGAGGAGUUCUACUUUAGUUACAGGUAACACACACACACACACACACACUCACACAUGCAUUGUUACACAAAGAGACCCAUGCGCCUCCUCCACAGCUUCCCUGCGACCAGCUUCGAUCAAAGCAGGGGGGAGGAGGAGGGGGGGAAGGGAGGGGGGGGAAGGAAAACUCCUGAAUGCAGCUUAAACGCUCUCUGUCAAGACCAAGAAGCAGAAAGGUCCCCUCACAAGACAGCUGAGCCAGCCGGGCGACGCACGGCGCGACGCACUGGCCCACUCCUCUUUGAUGGAUUUAGCCCUUUGAGUUGCUAUGACUACCGAGGCGGCACAAGGAAGUCGGACCUUUUGCAUGACUCGAAGUGAAACAAAUGUCAGGCUUCAUGACGGCGCGUCCUCCUCUGUUGCUUUUUCUCCCUCCUCCGCUGGUCUCCGGAGCCUUCCACCAGUACAGCACGGUUGCUCGGACAUGUUUGGCAGAUACCUGGCAGGGACACGGGGUAGCAUGAGCCUGACAGAGGUGAUCCCUGAGUAACAUUCAGGUUGGAAAUCUUUGCAGGGAUCUCUGAUAUCUUUUAAUGAUUUGUGUAUCUGUUAUUGCUACUUCAUGUUUGGUUUGUCAGCUUUUGAAACCCAUUUGAUGCGUGUUGUGUUUUUUUUCUGUGUGAGGAGUCGGUGUUGCGAAGCCAUGAGAGAUUGAGCAUUACGAUGUUUAUAGCUACGUUUUUUUUUUCUUACGGUUAUUUUAUUAUGGCGGUGUUGUUCACAAGGGGGUCAUUUCUCUUUGGGGUUUUUUUUUUAUUAUUUCCAUUUUGUUGUUGCUAAUUGUACUUUCAUGAGCUUUGUUUACAUGCUUUUUUAACAUUUUUUUAAACUCGUUUUCCUCUAAUUAUUCGCCUGUGUCCCACAAACUUUGUACAUUUGAGUAUGUGUUUACUGACUAUGACAAGCAAUUAAGUCUUCAGCCCUUUCUGCUCCCGGCCUUUGCGGCAGAGUCAGUGGUAAACGGCGUCCACUGGGGGUGUUUUUUUUGGGGGGGUUAUUUCGUCGGUUCGUUGACGUACGCUAGCCCUGCCGCGUCUGCCACAUAUUCCUCCAAUCAUGACCAAUGCACCGUAUGGAUGUCUCCAAGGGAACUCAGCUUACUGUAGAGAAGUAGUUACGAAACUUUCAUCGAUUGCUGUCCCAGUUCUUUUUUUUUUUUUGGUGCAACCGUACAUGUUAACCUUUCUACUCUAGGUCUAGUUACUUUUAUCUUCUUUUGUUCUUUUUUUUUACUUACAAAUAUGAAAUACAAAAUGAAUGUGCAAUAUUUAUACUCAAGUAUGUAAGAAGGAAAAACGCACAGACAACAGCCCUUCCAUUAAUGUUAGACCUCCACUUCAGUGCAGAUCGGAAGGCCUGUAGGAGACAAAAUCAUAGGCAUAAUAAUAAUAAUCAAUACGGUAGAGAGACACUGAUAGGGAAGUUAGAUGUAGCCCGUUUUGAACGUACUGUGCUUUAAAAAAAAAAGGUUUUUUUUUAAUAAGACUGUAAAGUGAAAAUGUAAUAUUUGGCAUUGUAGAAAUUGCAUGACGAUAAGAGUGCGACUGUACCAAAGCACCUGAACAUAAGAGAGAAUUGCACUCCACCUGGAGAAGCUCUUUACGGAUACACUCCAUGUAGUCGUGAGUAUAUAGAAUAAGCUCAGUUCACUUCAGAGUAACAUUUCUGUAUCUUCAGAUCGGUUUUAUGUGUACGAUACUGUAUGUGCAAUGUAUAUAAAAGGGUCUACAGUACUACAGGUCACCUGCCGUUUAUUAGAAGUUGCGUAAAAUGUACAUUAGGUUUUCAGACGGGUGGCGAUGUUCUCCGAGGGACUUUCUUGCUUCAGUAUUUCUUUCUUCUCUUUAGGUUUAGGGACAGAAGAUUACACGGUGUUUGGUCAGCGCUCCUCUAUAAGGUCGAUAUCUUUGUUGCAGCCGCCUUUUUCUGAAUGCAAAACCCUGCUUUGCUCACAGCCAAGACCGAGCAGCGAUAACUACAGUCAGGUACUCUAACGACGUCCCUUAUCAGAUGCCUACUAGCUACAUACAGGAGGGUUGUUUGUCCGUACCAUCGUGACAAAGCAGAAGCUCAUUCCUCCCUGUUUUUUCUACAAACAUUUUUCUCUCCUGACAUUUCAGUGAAAAGUCAGUAGCUUACUGUUGCUGUUUGCUGCUUUUUUUUCUCUGCCUGGCUAGGGGCGACUAGUUGCCUUUUUGUUCUUCCCCGACACACAUGAACUGUCUUCAGGGGGGUCUUAAGAAUGUGAAGCACUCCUCCACGUUCCGUCGAUGGCACACGCGUCCCGCCAACAGAACUUGACGACAAGGCAAAGACGGCGGGGUGAUGCAAAGAUGAAUUUCACCGCUCUCUGUUGUGUCCACUUGCUUUGUAAAUAAGUUGUCUGGGAGGGGAGGAGAGGGGGGCUCGAUGAUCAAAGUUCAGCAAAACUACCAAUAAGUACAGGUGUACAGCCUCCUGUUCAUAUAUUUAAUAAUCUCUUCUUAUUGGCCAGUUUUGGUGGAGGGCGGGGGGGGGGGAGGUGUUCUUGUUUUGUGUGGUUUAAGUGGCCCUGCAAACUGAGCUACUGCAAGUGUCUCCUUCCUUUUUAUUUAUUUGUGAUUUGGCCUUGGAAAAAUUAUGUAAUGAAAUAAACGAGUUUGUGUUGUAA